GUCAGUGUUUACAUCCAUCCCGCCACACCGGCUCUGCUCCUGGACUGGUCCUAUCGUCUAGAACAGCCCCAUGAGAGCUGAAACCGCUCUGCAGCAGGUCUGGUCUCGUCUUCAACACCUGUCUUGCCAAGAGCACUUAAGGAAAGCAUCCUAGGGAGGAAGAAAAGCUCUGAAGGAUUCCGACAAGAUUCCGACUAGCCGCCACCCCCUCUCUGCCGCGGCCAUGUACAGCAGCAGCUAUCCACGGGCCAGGCUGGGCCUGGAGCCGCUCCACAAGGCCCGAGGGAAGAGCUGCGGCUACUACAUGAGGAUCGUCUUCUUCUUCUCGUCCCUGAUCCAGUCCCUGAUCAUCGCCAGCCUGGUGCUGUUCCUGGUGUACGGGCAGCCCGAGAAGUCUGCUGAGGAGCUGAGGAUCACGGAGAUGGAGCAGAACUUCAACCAGCUGAGUGGGAACAACAUCCAGCUGAGGAAGGAGAAGGGGGAGCUGGGGGCGCAGCUCGGGGCGGCCGCGGCCCAGAAGGCUGCCCUGGAGAAGGAGGUGGCGCAGCUGAAGACCAGCGCCAACAGCUCGGCCAAGCUGCACCAGGCCGGCCAGAAGAAGCUGGUGCAGUGCGAGGAGGAGAAGAGGCUGACUCUCACGCGAUGUGCAGCACAGCCACAGUGUCCCCCUGGGCCUCCGGUCAACCCCUUCGCUCUCUCUAACAACGAGCGGACGGUGCUUCAGAGCCUCAACGAGCAGCAGAGAGCCAUGCUCAGACUCCUGGAGGCCAACUUCACCCAGACGGUGACGUACCUGAGCCAAGAGAGAGACGGAGCCAUCAGGGACCGCGACGCACAAAACCAGGAGGCCAUCGCCACGCGGCAGCACGCCCUCCGCAUGCAGGAGCAGCUCAGCGCCUACACCAGGAAGUGCAAGGAGGACUUUGCCAAGUCUCUGGAGGGCAUCCAGACGGUGACCAGCGCCUUCCUGGCUCGGAUCAACGACCUGUUCCCCCACCACCUCACCUUCCACCUCACCUGUGCCAAGCAGCAGGAGCAGAUGGAGAAGACCCGAGCCAACUGCACCAACCUCUCCCGGGAGGUAGAGGACCGCUUCCAGAAGUACCUCAACCACGUCGGAGACCAGGUGGCGAACAUCCAGGCUCUCUCCAGCAAACUGGAGGUCCAGAGCUCCACCCUGACCACUGCCCUGCAGACCUGUGAGCAGAAGCGCGAUGGCAUGGCGGCAAAGAGCGACCUGCUGGUCCAGGAGGCCCAGAAGACUCACGACACCAGGAUGAAGACGAUCCUGUUGGAGCAGAACCGCCUGCGGGAAGAGAAGAAGCUGAUGGCCCAGCGGCUGGCAAUGGUGGAGGGAGAGAACCGGAGAUUCCAGAACCUGGGGGCUCCGCCCAACUGCAAGCAGGGUCAGGUGACCAAACCGAUGCCAGGCAGUGGAUAACGGUCCAGUUAAAGAGAGCAGCUGUAUAGAAUCUGUAUAUCUCUAUAGAUCCACGUUUAUACUGAGAGUGCAGAUCAACCGGAGGACUUCACCCAGGGGUCUAUUCAAUGGAAUGAAAAGCUGCAGACAUAGAACUGCAUAAGAAGACUCAGGCAUCUACAAAUAGCAGACUCUCAGCUUCCAAGUUGAGUGCUUCAGAAACAUUUUCACUCGAAAGAAUUCAAUAUGUUGAAUUAUUGUCGAUUAGUGUAAAUUACCAAACAUGUUUAUUUAUGACACAAAACACUUGAAUCAUGAAAGGAUGUAUACACUAGCUAUUUAUCAUCUACAGCUUAUCACAUUAACGUAUAAUUAUUACAUAUAAUAUAUGCCUGACUAAACACUUAUUUGAUAGUAUUGCGGUUGCAAUUGUCCUUGAUGUACAAUUUGUUUAUUCCUUUCCUUGUAAUCAUCAGCGGAAAAAGUGUCAAUGUUUUUGUAUUCACAUAUUUGACUUUGCAUCAAGGUUAUUGCUAAUUUAUGAUUGUUUUAUGAAGAAAUAAAUAGCUGAUUUUUUUUCAACAGCCUUUAAUAAAUAAAACCAA